AUGUUCAUUCCUGUAACGAAUUUCUACCUAAGAUGCAAAGGUUACGUCGCAAAAGAUGAGAAAGAAAAAAAGGCAGAGGGUUUUUUAAUUGAAGUGGUACCCAAAGAUACCGUUCGCUGCACAGAAGAUGAGGUGGAGGAUGCUGCAGGGCAAGAGAUACGGUGAGUUUUUCGUUUGUGAAAUAUUAAAACAUUUACAGUAAAAAGGAAAGUUAUUUUAACUGGCGUCCUAUUUUGAAUAAAAGGACGUGAAAAUUGAAAAAUGACGUCCUCUUGACUCUACAACGUCAGAUAUUCAUAUUACUGCUUUUUAUGAAAAAAAAUAUAUGAGAGUAUGCAGCACAACAACAAUUUUGAUUUUAUUCUAUGCCUGUAUUUAUUUGAUAUUUUUAGGAAAUAUUUUUUGGGUUUAUCACGCUCGCAUCAUUUUAUUUUAGUAAAGUCAUUAGUCGAUAUGGCGGAAAAAAAACACUGCGAACACUGUCCUUUAGUGCAAAUGUUCUUAUUUAUUGUCUUGUUUCAAAGUAGAAUGAGCAAGUAUGAAUACAAGACUUCGAGUUGACAAAGUAUUAAUAACACGCUCCUUGACGAUUUAUCUGAUUUAUAUAUAAGCAUUAUGAGGCGAGUGUGUAUAUAAGAUUUUACUACACCCGGGCGUUCUUUGUCAGUGCCCGCGAUCACAAUUAGGAUUAUCACCGGUUGAUUUCGCAACUCAAUAUUCAAACAGAUAAAACAGGUUAAAUUAAUAAUUAUUAAAACCUUUUUAAAGUACUUUAGAUUUUAUACCGAUCCCAAACACUAACCAGUCUAACUUUUAAGAGUUAAAUAAGGCAGAAAAAAAAGAAAUUAAAAAAAUUGAGAAAAAAAGUUUGACCUAGUACGUUUUAAGGGAAUUCUCAAAUUUAAAAAUGUUGCUAAAAUUUACACCAUUUGUUAGCUAGGUUAUGUAGACCAAAUGUUGACAUUUAUAACAGGAACUUCAUGUGUAUGGUGUCAUCUUAUAUUGUAUUUACCUAAUUUCUUUAUAAUCAUUUUCAGAAACAUGAAUUUGGUGUUCACAUAUUCUGUGGCUAAUUACUUUAAAAUAGUUUUUAUCUUUAUCAUUAGGAAGCUUAGAUGCAGGUGAAGCAUUGAUUAAACUCAUUGAUGUCCAGAAACGGUACAUGGGAAAAAAACUUUGCAUCAGCUUUGUUUGUGUUGGGAGGUGUUGGUUUAGCUGUUCAUUUUGAACUGUUAACAAGUUUAUAUGAUGGCAUACCAAUAAUUAUGGCAUAUGGUGAACCAGUAACUGGAAAAUCCACAGCUGUACGAUGUGCAAUGGCUGUUAUCGGUCAAGAUGAAAAAAUAGGCGGUAAAUAAAUGGUUAUACAUUUAUUUUUCUUUUAUGAAAUUACGUAAAUACCAUGAUCUGAUCAGUUUACAGACUAUUUCACAAAUUAUUGGGGGCUGCAGCUGGUGUCUAUGUACAUUAACGAUGAGCAAUUUGCAUCAUUACCUAAUUAAUUUUUACACUUGUUAAUACAUCGUAAAACACAGUUAAAACUUAAUGUCUGAAUGAAGAAUAUUUCUCAUUAUGACAUUUUCCAGCUGUGGCAAAAUUUACUAAACAAAUUGAAAUAAAUAUUGUGUAUUUUGUUAAAAUGCACUCUUACAGGGGCAAUGGAAUUGAUCAGCCAACAGACUAUACCAUUUUGGUGGGAUGAUGCUGCUGAUUUUUCCAUACUAGAAAAGUUGUCAGUGGCGACCUUUAACAGGGUAAUUAGUUUUAAGAAUUCUAUGUUCAAUAUCUAUACAUACUGCAGUUUGAGAAUGGAUUUUUGAAAUCGUGAGUAUCCAAGAUAAUCUUAUAAGCAGAAUGUUUUGUACUUUAUUAUGGCUAAAGUUGUCAGCUGCCUCAAGUUUCCAUCUGUACAUGUUGCCAAGGAUUCCCCAAUGGAUGGCUAAUAUUGGUGUUGCAUAUUUAGCAUGCAGUACAGGGAGAGGGAUAAUUAUUGUGUUCACCAUUUGUGUAAUGUAGAUUUGCUAAAGUGCAGUCCUUGAGGUUUUUGUUUGACUGUUGCUCGACUUGUCGCCUAACGCACUUGCCAUAUUUUCCCUCACAGGGGGAUAGAGUCCCCCGAGGGUGCAACUGUGCCCCCCCAUGCCAACCUCUAAGGAUAACAUAUGAUCAUAACAUUUUAUUUAAUCAAGGCAAACUCAUCAGGAUUACAUUUAAUAAAAUAUGUAUUUAUAUGUGUAUAUAAGUAAAUAUUACGAUUACAUAAAUGUACAAUCCAUAAUCAUUUUUAAUUACCUGGAGCUUGCCAUGCAUGAAUUGUAUUUGUAUAAACUAUCGGAACACAAUUAUAUAUCUGUUGUGAAUGACACCGCCAAUAUCGGUUCACUACCAUUAGUCUAGUAAGAAGAAGCAAUCAAAGAAAGAAAAAGAACAACCAAAACAAAUAAAUGCAAGAACAGUUCCUGUUGUUACUAUGAAUCCAUCAGCAAUUGCAAAUAGUGCAAAAAAGGAUCCAGAGAAGCUACAUAGGUAUUUAUAGACAUAAGUAGUUGCAUAGUCUUGCCAAGUACUUUGUUUUUUGUCUAUUUUUCUUUAACCAACGUUACUUCUCGGUGUUUCGACAUAAUAAAUUAUGAUGAAACACUCCUUUGAGUGUAUGAUUGUUAUUUCUCGAACGAACAAGGAGAAAUUUUAAUUUACCUGAGUUGUCGGUAUUACUACCGAAGUCCGAACUAAAGCGUCGCACUAGCGAACGCAAACGAUCGAUCAGCGGCCUCUUUCGAUUGAUUAUUAACUUUAGAGAAAAUAUAUGUUCAGCAUUCAGGUAAAUUUAUCUAUCUUGAUAUAGAGCGUUUUCAAGGAUUGCCGUAAUUCCGUUCGAGAAAUUAGUGUCUAAGAAGGGUUCUCUGAAGAAAAGUCUUGCUAUGCAGACUGAAUUAAAAGCAGCGUUGGAAAACGUAAUGAAGAGUUUAGGAGUCAUAAUUGAAUUACGUAGUGCUUUCCAGCAAGCCGCCGGAGAUGAAACCUAUACGGAAUGUCUGGAGGUGAUAGAAGAAUCACGCGAAAUUGAUUCCAGGAGCAAAAGCAAUUUUUCAUUGCUUCUUUUCAGCACGACAAAGGUAAGGAAACAGCAGGACUUACGCAGCGUGUCUAAAUAAAAACAACAGAAGUUGCAUCUGAGCCAUUGACCAACCGUUUUUCAAUGCUAGGAUUAUUGGGGACGUUACAGCCCCCCAUUCCGAGUAUAGCGACGUCCUUAGUAUUUUAACUAAUGGGAUGCAUGAACACAUUUGAAUGGAUGCUUUGAAUAAUUUGGACAAUAAAUAUAUUCGUUGCUCACAUGUGCUCACUUGAGCCAUGUACAUGUUUUAUUGCAGUGGUGCAGUGGCUAAGUGUACUAAGGCAAUCAAUUCAAUGCCACGCUGUAUUGCGCUUUCGGUUAAUUUUUUUUUUCAAUUUGCUAAUGCGUAUGAUGUGCAUGGGCAAAAUAGGCUUACGAUGGCCAACACACCUUUUCGAUGUAAUUACGUCACAAAUACGUUCUUUGGCUGGAAGCCUCACUGUCAUGCCUAAUGUCAAGACGAAGUGUAAUUGGCUUAUAUUUCCCUGGAACGAGGCUCCCUGACCAAUGAGACAUUCCUGACAUACUGUAUUGAAAAGCAAAAUUUGUUUGUUGAAAUGUCACAAAUUAUUAUAAGAAUCAACUAUCGGUGGUGGCUGGUAAUUAAAUUCCGAGUGGAUUAGACAAUUGCCGGAUUGUAAUUGACAAAUUGUUGCUUGAUGUGUAGCUCGAUCAUUGAAACAAACCUUGCUAAAUAACAAUUGAUUUUUCUGUCUUUUUGCGAUAAAUGUAGAUAACCUACACGAGGAUGACGUUAAAGCGAUAACACUACAAAUCGUCAAAAAGGCGUCAGAAAACCCAGAGAAAGUAUCUGGUACUUUUGUUUUAAAUAGAAUUACCUAUAUAAACAAGUUAAACUAUGGAAUUUUCAUAUAUCUGUUUACUAUAUAACCGUGAUUAUAUUAUGUUACUCAAACUCGUAUGUCCUUAUAACAAAUCUGCAGGCGAAGAUGUUUUUCAAUCCAGAAUUUGAACAAAGAAUAUAUGUGGAUGCGGUUUGACUUUUGGGUUUCAUGUUCCAUCAGCUAUCCAAUUCAUUGGACUUGGAAAAAUAAAUGGCACCAAAGUGCAAAAUUUCAUAAAACUACAUCGAGUUUGCUGUACAUCUAUACGUCUGCGUGGCCAUGCAAGGCAGUACGUCGGUGUUCAUGUGAAGAGAUCCUUUUUGGAUGAGCAGUUGAAGCAACAACUCGACAGUGGUAAUAAUGUCAUGUGUUUUCUUCUCAAUUUUUGCGUCGUCGUAUAUCAUAUUCGUUCAAACGUAUCUCUUGAUUACACGUAGUACGUAGGGGUUACCCUAUGUAUGAGGGAUGAGGUCAUAUCCGAGUUUUAUCACUUGGGAGACAAAAUUACGAAAUGCCAACAAGUGAGAGAGCGAUGCGAACGAGGGACAUUUAUGUUAUCGUCCUGAAAGCGAUAAAACUGAUAUCACCUCAUCCUGAGUUUGAUAACCUAUUUAUUACAUACAUACAUGCUUUUCCAGCCUAGAAAAUAUACUGUGUACAACGUGGUUCGCGUCGAGAUAUCAUCAAAUGAAAGCUGACAAUGCAAAAUCAAUUCAAAGUUUAUAAUAUGAUAAUUUAGGCCCGGGUCAAACGUCGAACUUUUCAUGCGCCGAACCUAUGAUGGAGCGGCGUCGAGUCAAACGUCAAACUUAAUACGUCGUACCUAAUUCAUACUAUUAUUUUACAAGAAGUAUCACUUUAUAAAUCGCUGGUGCGAACCGGCGGGAAAAAACAAAUAAACAAUUCGAAAUGUUGCCUUAUCAUGGUAUGAAAGAACUGUUGAAAAAAAAAUAUUAAAGAGCGACUGCGUAAAAGACGUCGGAAACUCUUAGAUGCGGGAAUGGUAUUAGCCCUUCGGCGCAAAAGAUUGAUACUUCAAGCAUGCUUAAUGGCGGCUACGGCUUUACAAUACCUGAAUUCGACAUUUCGAUACCGUAGAUGCAGAAGGCUGCUAAGAAACACUGCUUAGUGGCUGUUAGUAUGAACUGAACUUUUCGAGUAUCCAGAAAAACGUUUGAUUACAUUCUUUCCCGUAUACGACACAAACUAGAACGUAAAACAACUUGUCCGGGAAAUGAACAUAGAUUGCAUACAGGCAUACAGCAAUUUAUACAAAUACAUUUUGUUCCUCUGUAGCAUGAGCCGGCAUUCUUGGUCUUUCAUUUUCGCCGCCAUAUUUAUUUGCGCAUGCCCAGCCUGAAUUUCAGGGCAAAAAUAAAUUAAAAUAAUUUAUGCAUUAGGUUCGGCGCAUGAGAAGAGCGACGUUUGUCCUGCAGUCACUCCAGCGUCGCAUAAUGCGACAUGACAAGUCGCUCCUAAUCAGAUCUACCGCACUUAAUUGAUUUUGCCGAACUUAACCAAGUCAAACGGUCACACUUGUAGAACUUAAUACAACUAUUAGGUUCGGCGCAUGAAAUGGAACGACGUUUGACCCGGGCCUUAUGGUAAUUAUAAAGUUUAAAAUAAUUGUAGGAUUAACAAAUCAAUAUUCUUAUAUUCAGUUAAGAACGUGUUCGACUUCAAGGUAGAGGAUACUGCAGUGGAAAAUAUAUCGAACGGUAGGUGGCAUUGGCUAGUUAUUAAUAAUAUAUGCGAAUUAAUAUGCAUGAGGUGUUGCGGCAAGUAUUAUACCUAAGAAUUGUUAAUUAGCGAGUUGUCAAUCAUGGGCGUACGGGAAGGAAAAAAUUAGGGGGGCGGUUUGUUUGCCCAACCUGAAACUGGGGGGCUGCCGCUCCCUACGCCCACCCCCCCCCAUGUUGUCAAUGAUGGCGAAGCCUGAGUCCUGUGUUCUGAUUGGCUACUCAACCGUUGUCUAUUUGUGAUCUAUCACGAAUUGUCACGAAUGAAUUACGUUGUCUAGUCAGGGGAAAUGACAACAAACCUGGCACUCAUUGUUGACUAUUCGCUCAUAGACAUCUUGGACUAAUUGUUAAAUAGGCAACUCGUUGUCGAGGCAACUAGCAUGCAGGAUUUGGCUAAUUGCACAGUGUUAUUCCACGCUAAAGAAAUAGUAGUUUUUUAUGGCAUAAACAAAAUUUUGUGGAUUUUGGCAACUUACGUUCUGCCAUUUUCCACAACCGUUGUACGCCAAAAUACAAUAUCAGAUUGCAGUAUUUGUAAUAGACCAUAGGCAUAACUGGGUGUACUAUAAAUGCUGUAAUACAAGGUCGCUUCUUAUGAUAUAUGGCUCUAAUAUUGAAAAUUAUAAAAUAACCUAAGCCAAUUAGAGACCUUGUUCCGAGCGGUGCGGGCCAUCUCGAACUGAACUGCUUGUUUGAUGGGGGUCAUUCAGUAAAAUUUACUUUCUAGAAGUGGCCAUGGAAACAUCGGCGCCUACUCUGACCCAACUGCCAGAAGGGCAAAAUAACGUGCCAGUGAUGCCUAUCCAACUGCCACAAGGGCAAAAUAACAUGCCAGUGAUGCCUACCCAACUGCCAGAAGGGCAAAAUAACGUGCCAGUGAUGCCUAUCCAACUGCCACAAGGGCAAAAUAACAUGCCAGUGAUGCCUACCCAACUGCCAGAAGGGCAAAAUAACAUGCCAGUGAUGCCUACCCAACUGCCAGAAGGGCAAAAUAACGUGCCAGUGAUGCCUAUCCAACUGCCAGAAGGGCGAAAUAACAUGCCAGUGAUGCCUACCCAACUCCCAGAAGGGCAAAAUAACAUGCCAGUGAUGCCUACCCAACUCCCAGAAGGGCAAAAGAACAUGCCAGUGAUGCCUACCCAACUCCCAGAAUGGCAAAAUAACAUGCUAGUGAUGCCUACCCAACUGCCAGAAGGGCAAAAUAACAUGCCAGUGAUGCCUACCCAACUGCCAGAAGGGCAAAAUAACGUGCCAGUGAUGCCUAUCCAACUGCCAGAAGGGCGAAAUAACAUGCCAGUGAUGCCUACCCAACUCCCAGAAGGGCAAAAUAACAUGCCAGUGAUGCCUACCCAACUCCCAGAAGGGCAAAAGAACAUGCCAGUGAUGCCUACCCAACUCCCAGAAUGGCAAAAUAACAUGCUAGUGAUGCCUACCCAACUGCCAGAAGGGCAAAAUAACAUGCCAGUGAUGCCUACCCAACUGCCAGAAGGGCAAAAUAACGUGCCAGUGAUGCCUAUCCAACUGCCAGAAGGGCGAAAUAACAUGCCAGUGAUGCCUACCCAACUGUCACAAGGGCAAAAUAACAUGCCAGUGAUGCCUACCCAACUCCCAGAAGGGCAAAAUAACAAUUCCAAACCUAAACCAAAACCAAAAAAGAGGAGACGGCAGGCAGAUUUCCUGCAGGACUCCCUUUCAAAAAACGAAACUGUUGAGUGUGACAGAAGGUCGAAGAAGAAGUUAAAUCACAUUGAAAAACUUUUUUGA